GGCCGCGCAACUCCCUUUCAUUCCCUGCUUGCGCUCCUUCUUCUUCUUCCUUCUCCUCCUUCUUGCAUCCAUCCGACUUUUGCUGCACGGCGGCCGCGCACGCAUCCACAUCCCGCUUCAUCUGUCGACAAGUCAGUCAGUCGCUUUUGUGGCAUUGGAAACAGGCACAGGAGCAGGAACAAAAGACGGGGAAGCAGAAAAGCCCCCCCGCUCCCAUUCCGACGCCCGCUCGCACCCACGCACGCCUGCCUGCACGAACGCACGUGUCAACGCGCGCCGCCGGCGAAGCAUGUCGACCGACCGCGGGUCUGCUGCAUUGCACCUCGUCGAGCGACGACGCCCAUGUCGAUGAGGGCUGCGCGCCGCUCCGCCGACCAAGACCAAGACGACGACGACGGUGACGGUGACGACGGUCAUGGAUCAAGGCGCCGACGACGAUAGGGACAGGAAACCCAAGAAGAAGGUGGGCUUCCUGGGCGGCCUCCUGCGCAGCGGGAGCCUCGCGUUCAAGGGGACCAAGGAUAUCAAAAAACAUGCGCGUCGCGUGAGCGAAGGCGAUGUUACCGUGGCGCGCAAGGCCCGUCCCGCCGACCCGCCACUGAGAGAUCGAGCCCGCUCGCGUCGCCGGCCUAGGCGCCCAAACCCCAACCCGCAAGCAAGACCGGGGACAGCGGCGGCGAGGGCCCUCAAAGGCAAGGGUGUGUCGUUGGCCGCAGACGAUGUGGACGACGAGUACCAUGACAACCAUGCGCCCGCGGCGGUGACGGCCGAGUGGCCACCGCGGGGCAUGUCGGCUGACGAGGAGCUCCCUCCGCAGCACGCCCUGGAGGUCAUCUGUCGCGGCGCGUCGCUUCACAACGGUCACAAAAAAGCCGUCCCGCAUGCGCCAGACUCAUACUACACGCUCUUUGCCACGUCGUCCGGAAACAGGGGCGCGGGCUCCGACGCCGCCAACCUGCACGAUGCCAUGGCGCAGCUCAUGACGCUGAGGGUGCUGGGCCAGGGCCACGCCUCGUACCCGUGGGAGACGCUCGAGCAGCCCAGCUGUGCCUUCAUGUACGGACGGCAUCCCGGCACCAUCACGCUGAACCACUGGGCAUCUAUGGCGAGCGUCGUGCCGCCGACGCUUGCGCUGCGCGACUCGCGCGUCGAGCCGCGGCCCAUGAACCUGUUGCGCAUAUUCGAGCGCCUCAAGGAGCUGCAGUCUGGGCUCGAGGAGGACAACGAGGACCUCCUGUACAAGAUCCUGUACCGGCGCAUCCUGCGGGACCCGGAACGCAUGUUCAGCCCGCACAGGACGCUGGACAAGCAAAUUACGGACCUCAUUCUCGUGCUAUCGCGCCCGGACUGGAUCGAUUUCACGGACCCCAAAAAUCACGUCGCCACACGCUUCAUGUUCGACAGAGGCGAAGGCGGGCACGAGGAUCGGUACCGCACCUUCUUCCACCAGCUGCUGCUGAGCCUCGAGCUGGAGCUGCGGAUACACUCGGCGCAGCACGGGGAUUGGGCCAAAGAGAAGCUGCUGCAGCAGAUACCGCCGACGAUUCAGUGGAGCCUGGCGCUGGCGAGACGGUGGAGGGAAUUUGUGAGAGUCGACGAGUUUGGCGAGACGCCAGACAAGAUCAAGCUGAGAUAUAAGCUCAAGAAGCGGCAGGUCAAGAUGCUGAGGCGCUUUGCGCAGAUGAUGAAGUGGCCCAACUUGGUCAGCACGCUGGACAACCUAAAGGACAAAGAUGAGGACUUUCUCUUGGACGCCAUCAGCUCCGACGCGUUUGCGUUCUUCAGUGGACUCGUGUUCCCAGGGCCGAGCUUCCCCUUUCUCAUCAUGAACACGCUCAUCGACUUGGACCCCGAUCCGGCGACGGACAACCUGGCGCUGCUGUCGCACACGCACCCCCAAUGUGGCUUCCAGUACCGUAAUAGCCAUACGUACUGGUCGGCGAGCUGCAUUGUGGGCAAGGUGCUCGCGCCGACGUGCCGGUGUGUCGGCGGCUGGGUCGGACCCGGACGACCGACGGCGGACCUCGGCCGGUCGCAGAUUGCUCGGAUCCGGAGCCGCAAGCCCCGCCAGCCGCGGCGCCGCAUGGGGCCCGAAGACGUGGAGAGCAUGGGCGAGCGGUCGGAUCCCCUGGGGCCUCCGGCCGAUAUGUACCCCAUAGGCGACUACGAGCUCGCCCGGCCGAGAACUGACGAGGGCUUCGAGGUCGACACGAUACGGAUCGAGCUUCUCGGAUUCAAGCCUUCGGUCUCGCAGCCUGUUGCCGAGGAGGAGGAGAAUGGAGAUGGCGCCAGAGGCAGCAGCAGAACUGCGGUACCGCAGCUCUUCGACGCGACGAUACAGUUUGCGAUUGAUGGACUGUCGUGGCCGCUGCGGCUCAUGUACGACGUGUCCUUUAUAUCCGCGUGGCCGUGCUCCGAUGGGCCGCAUCCGCUCUUCUUUGAUUACGUCUACAAGGCCAUACAGGUGGACGAGAUUGUACGUGUCCGCGACUGGGGAGGGCUGUACGCCAGACAGCGGCAGAGCGCGACAACGAGCGCGCGGUCGAGCCCCGCGCCGCCACCGCUGCCGCCCAACGGGAACCUGGACGAUUACUACGACCAGCUCAUCAACGACGAUAAUGAGGAGCACGACGAGGAAAAGGUGCUGGUGGUGGAGGCGUUUGGGGUCAGGGACAACGAGGUGCUGGCUCGGGCGUGGUGCUCGCACUGGGGGCUGAGCGCCAUUGUGGCGGACGUGGACAAGACGUGCAUGGCGUGCGCGAUCAGGGAGGCGUACGCGGCGACGCUGACGGUGGUGAUAUUGGUGGACGAGAGGCUUCAUGGUGGCCACGACGGUAACGAGGCAUGAUGGCAUGAGAGAUGAGUUUGCUUUUCUUCACGUCGACGCCGCAUUUACAAAGGGACGGACGGACUUGGGGAGGUUCGUACGAUAAUGUCUAGAGAGCGGAUAAUCGACAUUGGCCAUUGUGAGCCGGUAGACGGAACAGGUCACGAGGGCUGCAGCCCACCCCCUCUCCCCCCUCUGCUCUCUGAUUUAUUGAGUGGGCAUCUUCUCGUUGACACUGACACUGGCGUCUGCACGUGCAAAAGAGUUGUGGUGGACGACCCUGAUGUCGGACGUCCUGUCACCAAUGUCUCCUGGGGCCGCAUGGGCGGUC